AUGCCUCUCUCGUUAGUUCGCUCGGACAGCCGGGAACCGUGCCCUCAGGCUGAAACCAAGCCGGCUCAAAAGCCUCCCUGGCGUCCGCUGCGUGACAGACAGGUGCGGUCUGGGCCCCCCGCGGCGUGGGCUCCAGGAGGGGGGCUGAGUGAAGCGUGCCCAGCGGUGAGUGUCAAAGUCGGACUGCGAAGGGAUGUUUGGGCGCUCACUCAGCCAGACUUUGGUAAUUGGAGAGUCCAUUCUGCUCCUGGGUGGAACCAAGACUGCAUGAAAGAAACUUGA